UGCCCGCCCCAGCCCGCCCCCGCGCUGGAUGUUCGCUUUCGCAGCCUUCGGCCAGCGGAACCUGUUUGCAGCUACCGGCGGCGGGGCGAAGGGCCUGGCCGGAAGGUUAGGCAUGGAGGCGGCGGCUCGGAGGCGGCAGCACCCGGGAGCGGCGGGCGGCCCCAGCGCGCAGCCGGGCGCCUCCUUCCUGCAGGCCAGGCACAGCGCCGUCAAGGCUGAUGAGGCCGCUGGUACGGCUCCCUUCCACCUUGACCUCUGGUUCUACUUCACCCUGCAGAACUGGGUUCUGGACUUUGGCCGCCCCAUAGCCAUGCUGGUGUUCCCUCUCGAGUGGUUUCCGCUCAACAAGCCCAGCGUGGGGGACUACUUCCACAUGGCCUACAACAUCAUCACGCCCUUCCUCCUGCUCAAGCUCAUCGAGCGGUGCCCCCGCACCUUGCCACGCUCUCUGAUCUACGUCAGCAUCAUCACCUUCAUCAUGGGGGCCAGCAUCCACCUGGUGGGCGACUCAGUGAACCACCGCCUGAUCUUCAGUGGCUACCAGAACCACCUGUCGGUCCGUGAGAACCCCAUCAUCAAGAAUCUCAAACCAGAGACGCUGAUCGACUCCUUUGAGCUGCUCUACUACUACGAUGAGUACCUGGGCCACUCCAUGUGGUACGUCCCCUUCUUCCUCAUCCUCUUCAUGUACUUCAGCGGCUGCUUCACUCCCACCGAAGCUGAGAGCUCAAUGCCAGGGGCAGCCAUGCUCCUGGUGGUGCCCAGCGGCCUGUACUACUGGUACCUGGUCACUGAGGGCCAGAUCUUCAUCCUCUUCAUCUUCACCUCCUUCGCCAUGCUGGCCCUCGUCCUGCACCAGAAGCGCAAGCGCCUCUUCCUAGACAGCAAUGGUCUCUUCCUCUUCUCCUCCUUCGCCCUCACCCUCCUGCUCGUGGCGCUCUGGGUCGCCUGGCUGUGGAAUGACCCCGUACUCAGGAAGAAGUACCCGGGUGUCAUCUAUGUCCCCGAGCCCUGGGCCUUCUACACCCUGCACGUCAGCAGCCAACACUGAGUCCUGGGCACCGGCCCCUGGUGCUCUGUGGGUGGGAGAUGGAUGGUUGAGCGUGAGUGUGGGGAGUGUGUGCGUGUGUGCACCCACUGGGGAUGGACGGCCGAAGGAGUCUGAGUGUGUGCGUGUGUGCACCCACUGGGGAUGGAUGGUCGGAGAUGUCUGAGUGUGGGGAGUGUGUGCACCCACUGGAGAUGGACAGCCGAAGGUGUCUGAGUGUGGGGAGUGUGUGCGUGUAUGCACCCACUGGAGAUGGACGGCCGAAGGUGUCUGAGUGUGGGGAGUGUGUGCGUGUAUGCACCUGCUGGGGAUGGACGGCCGAAGGUGUCUGAGUGUGUGUGAGUGUGCACCCACUGGGAUGGAUGGCUGAAGGUGUCUGAGUGUGUGUGAGUGUGUGUGUGUGCGCACCCACUGGGGAUGGACGGCCGAAGGUGUCUGAGUGUGUGUGAGUGUGUGUGAGUGUGCACCCACUGGGAUGGAUGGCUGAAGGUGUCUGAGUGUGUGUGAGUGUGUGUGUGUGUGACUGUGUGUGCACCCACAUAUGUAGCCUGCAGCUGAGAGCGUGGGUGAGAGUAUCCUGGUGCCUGUGGAUAGGGGUGUGUGUGUCUGUGUGUGUCUGUGUGUGUCUGUGUGUGCGCAUACGGAGAGCAUCGCUGUGAGGCUGAACUGUUUUGGUUAAGUUUCCAUUCGAUUUAGCUUUUUUCAUGAUGGGACAUAGUCUGAGGCAGUGUGUCCAGCCCAGGAGCUGGGCCCGGCUUUCCCAUGCCGGCUGGAGCCGGGCCUUCUCUCUCUCACUGCUCAGGGCCGUCUCUUCCUGGGCGUCUUCUGGUGGCCGUAGGGGUGAGGUCUGGGUGGGGCAGAGGUCAGGAGGGAAACUUGGCCUGUCACCUACCACCUGGCUCACUCCUCAGACCCCCUGACCCUGAGGGCAGGUCGCAGGGGUUCCGUGAACUUGCUGUGUAGCCAUUUGCAAUGCACCCCCUUCCCUGGGCCACGGUUGCAGCAGACGGGCCGACGGGUCCCCAGUCGGCUGUGGGCUGGUUGCCGUCUCCUCUCAGGGCAGCCUUGGGAGGUGUGGAUGGUUCCUCCUUGUCCCUGCCUCUUCAACGCUGGGGGGUACGUGCACCCCAGAUCCUCACCCCGCCGCAGGCCGCAUGGGGUGGGGAGCCAGAGCCAGCCCUCCCCCAACCGCCGGCCUGAUCUCGGGGUCUGGCUGUGGUCGUUCCCGGCCGCCUUCCUCUCCCGGGAACUCGGUCUGUGUCCUGCCUUCAGGAUCGUGGCACCCGCUUGGUUUACCUGACCAAGGUUUCUGAGCGGCCGCUGAAGGCAGAGAGUUCUCCGGUACUUGCACUCACCAAGGCGGACAUCGUGGGGCUCUUGUCAGCGUGUCUCAGCCUGAAUCCACGCCUGCUGCCCGCGGCCCUGCUCCCAGGAAAGGGGGCCUUGUUCUGGCAAGACGCCCCCUCCCCAGCACUGGGGCCAGGUCUCCUCCCGCGACUGCAGGCACGCAGCCUCACGUCCCAGCACUGCUGGCCUGCAUGCGUGCGAGGGGCUCUGGGGGGCCUGCCUCACCUCCCCUGCCCUCCCUGCCCAUCCUGUGCUCUCAGGGACUCUGCCUCAAACCCUCCUUUCACGCAGGGGUCCCCCAGCCCCGGUCAGUCCCCGUCUGCUGGCAGCAUCAGGGGUGAGCAGUGUGAAUAAAGGCGGUGUGGAGCCAAGCCCCACUGGCUGCAGCUGCUUCCUUGGGAUGUGAAUUUGGGAGGCCGGAGGAGGAGGGUCCCUGGAGCAGGGGAGGGAGUGGGCGGUCUGGGGCCUGGCAGGAGCCCUGGGCUGACCCCAAGGGCCUGCUCAGCCCUGUCCGGCUGGAAGCAGGGGCUGCUACUGCCUGCUGGCUGUCUGUGCUACUUAGUAUGAUGCUGAGUUUGGGGGGUCACCAGCAAGAAGGGCUUCCUCUAGGUCCCAGGUCUCUUCAGAGGAGGCUGAGGGUCACGGGGGUGGGGCCGGCAGAGGGCGUCUGCAGAUGGAGCCCCCAAGCUGUGCUGCUAGUGCCUUCAGGAAACUGAAGCAGAAAGGGUGUCCUUUGGGGGGAGGCGGGGGGCCGGUUUGUGGGAGGCUGGCACUUAGCCUUGGGCAAAUCACAUGACCUGCUCUGCUUUUCCCAGGCAUCUUUUACACCCAUGAGAAGUUAGUGACAUCCGCCCCCACCGCCUUGGGAGUAACAGAUGCCCGCUGUCCUGCUCAGUAGCUCCUGCUCAGGAUCUGGGAUGAGGACGGCCCUUCUGGCUUGUUGGGCCCCCUGGCUUCUGGGAUCUGAAAUAAUGAAGUUUGUGAUUUCACUUCCGUGGUGGGGAUGUAUUGAAACUUGUUUAGAUGCUAAGUCAUGUCCUACUCUGCGACACCAUGGACUGUAGCCUGUCAGGCUCUUCUGUCCAUGGGAUUUUCCAGGCAAGAAUAAUGGAGUGGGUAGCCAUUUCCUUCUCCAAGGGGUCCUCCAGGCGAUCUUCCUGACCCAGAGAUUGAACCUGCAUCUCUUGCGUCUCCUGCAUUGGCAGACAUUGGCAGGGAAGCCCAACUGCCUUCAAUCAAAAGGACCCCAUGGGUUUCACUUCCCCAGAGUGGGAGCUGGAUGCUGAGGGCGCUGUCUGCUGCCCCCAGUGUGGGUGGCUUGUGCCCCCCCUCACUCAGCGGUUCAUAAUCUGCACAAUCUUAGUUCAGUAAGCCAGCUCCAGCCUUGGCCUCUCAAAGCACAAGGGCCCCCACCUUCCCAGUAACCUCAAUUCUUCCCUACGUUGAUUCCAUGUUUCCUCCAAAGCCUGUCCCAGGCCCGUUCUCCAUACAAGGACUUAAUGGAUAUCACCUAAGUAGGCACACAUCUGAUUGUGGGGUCUGAGGCUUACAUAGUUUUGAGUGUGCUUGAUAAGAAAACUUAAAGUGAAUAAAAAUUAGAUAUGAAAGAAUAUUUAGAAUGGGAAAGAUAUCACAGUAAAUUAUUGGAGCCUUGGAGAUUCAUGUCCCUCUUGACCGAGAUCUCUUUGGGAAGUUUCCUGAAAAUGUUUCCCAAGAAAUAUAGGCACAUGGAUAGUGGGUCUGGGGUGAUCGCGCUGGUGGACAGCAGUGACUGGCCUGUAACAGCAUCUGGAUAAAUCCCGAGGAAACCACGAGAGGGCGUGCUGGUGGCUGCACGCCCCCUAUGGGGAAAGGGCUGCAAUAGUGACCUAGGAAACCACUUUAUGGGCCAUGAGAAUCAGGAGCUGGCCUAUAAAAGAUGACAUAGACACUGGCAUUUCCACCUGCCCUACAACCCUCCUCCCUUGCUGCUAGGCUAAGCGGAAGGACAGAUGGACUACUUACUUAAACCAGCAAAUGAGACAGGAAAUCCGCUCUCUGACAUGUGAACUAGGAGGCUAACUCAAGCCUCCCACAUUAACUGAAUAUGCCAGGAGCAUUCAACCCAGAGACUACGCCAUGGUAACCCCAAAGCAACUAGUCAGCACCAUCCAAGUCCAACUGUUUUUGUCCUGACCACAGGACCUACUCCCAGGGGAACACGGUGUACCAUGGCCUGGGACUGGCAGGCGGAUUCUUUACCACCGCACCACCCGGGAACUCUUGGUAUUCUUCCAGCUACUGUUAUCAUGGGGUUGCAGAAGAAUCGAAAACAGCUUAGAGACUAAACAGCAGUAACAACAAUCUGUAAUUAUAUUUGUG